GCUCUUCCUAUCUGGGCACCGCCGGGGCAAGGAAGCAGCUGGAUGUACGAGAACCGUGACCUGCAAUUAUAGAUUAUGUUCAAUUUGUAAAAACCUACAGCCAAACGUGUGGAACGACGUUUAAGUUAAAAGCGGUCAAUGCCACGUAGAAUUUUCAAAGUCUGAGAAAAACACAAGUUACUUGGUCUUGCGUUAGCUUUAGUGAACUGAGUAGUUAGCAUGUAAGCUAGCUGUGCAAGUAAUGAUAGCAGCAUCUUAGCCGCUGGUUUGUUUUAAUGUGGACCUUUCGCCUCGGCAAAAACGGAAUUCUGACCCGUUAACCCGCACUUUACAGGCAUGAGUUAUACCAAAGGUAUUGUCUGUUUGCAUGGAUUUGUAGUAAUUAUUUGGGCAUAGCUCGUGUGUAUCAUCACGUUAGCUUUCUGUUCGACACAGGAGAUAUUUUUGCUGCACGGACCUUUUUCCAUCAGCAUUUGACUUUUAAUGUAGCAGCUCUGGUUUAGAGUGUUUAGACUAGUUAUUUUAAGCAAGUAGAGCUUUGUUGUUACUUCUAGUAACGUGUCAGGGCAUCGGUUCUACUUCACCCUUUAUGACAAACUACUAUGGCUUUUUGGAUGUCUGAAGCAGGAGAAUGAGUACGCGCUUACUAAAAAGAGGAUGCCACCAUCUUUCCCCGAAGACUGUCCUGCUUAGCAUAUCGAUUAGCUGACCAACAUCUGUCACAAGAACACUGGGGUCAAGUGCCCCUGCCUAUAUUGGUAUUGGUAUUGUUAUUGUUUUGUCCGGCUCCGGUGUCUCAUGGCUGCUGUUAGUGGAGUCAACAUGCUGUCCCAGCUUGGAGAUGUAGCUCUGGCAGGUCCAGGAGGAGCAGGGCAGCCCGCUGGGUCGUUUACCAACAUCUCUGUGGCCCCCAGCCCACAAGGUACUGAUAGCAGGGGGUGCGAGAACGGCGCCUUGAUGGACUCGUUUGGCAUCUUCCUGCAAGGACUUCUCGCCAUGAUGGCUUUCAGCAUACUGAUGCUGAAACGCUUCAGGGAGCCCAAACAUGAAAGGAGACCCUGGAGGAUCUGGUUCUUGGACACCUCAAAACAGGCCAUAGGGAUGCUGUUCAUCCACUUUGCUAACGUCUACUUGUCAGGCCUCACUGAGGAGGAUCCCUGCUCACUAUACCUCAUUAACUUCCUGUUGGAUGCUUCUUUGGGCAUGUUGCUGAUCUAUCUUGGUGUGAGAGUUGUCAGUGCUAUUGUUGAGUGGAGGCAGUGGGACUCUUUGCGUUUUGGAGAAUAUGGAGAGCCAGUGCAGUGCACUGCAUGGUUGGGCCAGUGUAUCCUCUACAUCCUCAUCAUGAUGUUCGAGAAAGUCCUUAUUAUGUUGGUCCUCCUAAUCCCCCAGUGGAAAAAGUUGACAGUCCUCAACCCCAUAGAGAAUCCUGACCUGGAACUGGCCAUCGUCAUGCUCAUCGUUCCGUUCUUCGUCAACGCUCUCAUGUUCUGGGUGGUAGAUAAUUUCCUUAUGAAGAAGCACAGGACAAAAGCAAAGCUUGAGGAAAGAGAGGAGGACUCACGGGGAAACAGCAAGGUGCGCUACAGACGAGCUCUGUCGCACGAUGACUCUGAGUCAGAGAUCCUCUUCUCAGCAGACGAUGAAAUGGACGAGUCGGACGAAGACGAUGUCCGUCGCCUCACAGGCCUGAAGUCAGUGAAGAAGAAGAAGCAUCGCAUGGGGAUUCCUCCAGGUGAAGUGAAGAAGAAGAAACGCCCUCCGAUGAAGGAGGAGGACCUGAAGGGAGCUCGCAGUAAACUGGGAUUGAAGGGCGAGGUCAAGAGUAAGACCUAUGAGGUCAUGGUGGAGUGUGAACGUAUGGGCAAAGUGGCCCCGUCGGUGUUCAGCGGUGUGAGGACGGGAACAGAGACCGUCCUGGAGAAACCCACCUCAGCCAAAGCUCCUGGAGCCAGUGUGUUCAGCAAGUAGGAAAAGUCCAGGAUAAACCAAUGGCAAAGAAGAACCACACAAUAGUCUAGACGCUUCUACAUUGCAAUGUAGAAGAAUUACAGAGAUAUAAGUCUGUUAGUUUUCUACUGUCUGUUAAUGUUAGUUCAAUGUAAGCAGCUGUUGUACUUUGAAGUUUGCAGAUUGCAUCAGCCUUGGAGAGUUUGUUUGCUAUUAGUAAGAGAGAAUAUCAUACCCUCAAUUAUUAGAUUUGUUUUCCUUUUUUUUUUUUUACUCUAGCUUCACUUUUCUAAAAUAAAAUGUUUCCGUUGUAUUAAAAAUGUGUUUAUUCAAGAAGAGAAAGUGUGGAGUGGAAUGUUUUUAACGGUCAAAAUGAACACCUGGAAACAUCCCGUGCACAGGUAAACAAUAAUUAUCAUGGUAAAAGUUCAGACUGGACACUCAAGUGACCUCUAUUACAACACAUGACCAGGAUGCAGUACAAAGAAAAUACUACGUAAUAUCGUCUAACUUCUGUGUGCAAACAUGGUUUGAAUCUUAAUCUUUCCUUUUGUGAAUGGGUAUAUGCAUAUUAUUGAACCUCGAGCUGCGAUUAACAAAUUAUGAAGUGUGUUUUUAAAAAAACUCACCUUCAUUUAUAGUUUAACCCUUUAUCAGGCAAGUUACUAUUUUUGGUCAUUUCUGCACAUAUUACAAGUGACAGCAACAGUUACAGUCUAAUGUGGUCUAC